AUGGACGAAAAACAAGGCGUUUCUCCGGAAAUUCAACUCGCACUUGAUCAGAGAAAAGCCCAGGCUGGAGAAAUUCUUGAAGCUCAAAACAAAACCGACGGCAAAGAUGUUGCAGCACAAUUCCUCGCUCGAUUGGACCCGGCCAUCCCAGUGGAGCCUGUCACCGAGGCUGAGGCGCGCCGUGUGUUAUGGAAAAUCGAUCUCAUCCUCAUUCCCUUGAUUAUGGUGACAGUGGUUCUGGCCGCUAUUGAUAAAGUUAUUAUCUCGAAUGCCGCCAUCUACGGCAUGAAAAAGGAUACCCACUUGACUGGAGAUCAGUACUCUUGGGUAGGCUCCAUCUUCUACUUCGGAUACCUCGGUUUUGAAUACCCGGCAGCGCUACUCAUUCAGCGGCUUCCUGUAGCCAAGCUGUAUGUGGGCAUGGUCUUGGGGUGGGCAGUCCUACUGCUGUGUACCGCAGCAACGCAUAACUUUGCCGGCAUAGCCACCGUGCGCUUCUUGAUGGGCAUGACAGAAGCUGCCGUGUUCCCAAUCUCCAGCAUUUUGACGGUCAUGUGGUGGAAGACAAGCGAGCAGCCCAUUCGUGUCGCAUUUUGGUUCAAUCAGCUCUCCUCCGUCUUCUCGGGUGUUGUCAGCUAUGGAAUCGGCCAAACAAACACCUCUCUAGCGCCCUGGAGACUGCUCUUUAUUGUACUUGGUGCAUUCUCUCUUAUUUGGGCAGGCGUGUUGUACAUAUUCUUGCCCGAUUCGCCCGUGCAAUGCUGGUAUUUCUCGGAUCGUGAGAAAUUCGUCUGCCUUGAGCGCGUCAAAGACAACAAUACCGGCAUGGAAGACAAAACCAUCAAGUGGUACCAAGUGCGCGAGUGCCUUCUUGACCCCAAGACUUGGCUUUUGGCGCUCUUUUCGCUGGCCCAGAACAUCCCCAAUGGUGGUCUUGUGACCUUCUCGGCUAUUAUUGUGACCGGUCUGGGGUACUCCCCGUUGAUCACUACCGUAUUGGGUAUCCCCACCGGUGUCCUUGCAACGGUGUGGCAGAUCCUGCUUGGCUUCAUUGCUGCUGCGGUGCCCAACUCCCGUUGCAACAUUAUUGCCGUGGCCAACCUGGUCCCGAUGAUCUGCGCGAUCCUAAUGUGGAAGUUGCCACGCGAGAACCAGCAAGGCCUGCUAGCAGCGUACUAUGUCUUUUACACUUACUGGGCGCCAUAUGUCCUAUCGACUUCGCUUCCAAUGGCCAACACCAGCGGCCAUAGCAAAAAGUUGACGAUGAACGCUGUCUUCUUCUUGGCGUAUUGUAUUGGUAACAUUAUUGGUCCCCAGUGUUUCCGUGCCGAUGAUGCACCGUCGUAUUCGCGAGGAUACGAGGGCCUUCUGGGCUGUCUUGUUGUGGCUAUAGCCGCCAUUAUCUCCUAUGGGGUUCUUUGCCGAUGGGAAAACAGCCGCCGUGAUAAGGAAGCCUUGUCAAAUGCGGAGACAUCGGAGGUUGUCGCUUUUUCGGACAUGACUGAUAAAGAAAAACGGUCUUUCCGGUAUACUUAUUAG